UAUUUUUCUUUGUAGUACAUCUUGGGUAAUGUAGUUCAAGAAGCGGUCACCGGCGCUAACCACCACAGAAAGUCGCCACGCAUCUAGAAAUACACUGACCAGAAGCCCCCGCGUCGAUUCUGCCACACGCGCAAGGAAACAUGAAUUACGCUCGGUUUCUGACAGCUGUCAGUGCAGCGAGAAAGCCUUCCCCCAUCAGGAUGCUGACUGAGCUGCAGCAGCGGUCACCUCCAUCGCUGAUUUCUUUGGCCGGAGGAGCUCCUAACUCCAACACCUUCCCCUUCCAGUCAGCGUCCAUCACGGUGAAGAACGGGCAGACAGUCACCUUCGAUGAGGUGGCGAUGAAGAGAGCUCUGCAGUACUCCGCCUCUAAUGGAAUACCUGAGCUGCUGACGUGGAUGAAAAACCUGCAGAAGAACCUCCACAACCCGCCGACUGCUAGCUACAGCCCUGAGAGCGGGCAGAUGGAGAUGUGUGUGACGACGGGGAGCCAGGAGGGGCUCUGCAAGGUGUUUGAGAUGUUGGUCAACCCCGGAGACAAUGUUCUUCUGGAUGCGCCCACGUAUUCGGGCACGCUCGCAGUACUCCAUCCUCUCGGCUGCAACUUGAUAAACGUUCCCAGCGAUCAGCAUGGCAUGAUACCUGCAGCUCUGAAGGAAGUCCUGUCCCGGUGGGAUCCGUCAGAGAUCCACAAGCCCGGAAGCACCGCUCCCAAAAUCCUCUACACUAUCCCUAAUGGAGGAAACCCCACCGGGGCCUCCAUGACAGCAGAGAGGAAGAAGGAAGUGUAUGAGCUGGCCAGGCAGUACGACAUGCUCAUCAUCGAGGAUGACCCCUACUAUUUCCUACAGUUUGAAAAGCCGUGGGCUCCCACGUUUCUCUCCAUGGAUGUUGAUGGGAGGGUCAUCAGGACCGACUCCUUCUCCAAAAUUCUGUCUUCAGGACUGAGGAUAGGUUUCGUGACCGGCCCCAAACCGCUUGUAGACCGGGUGGUGCUGCACAUCCAGGCUUCGACGAUGCACACAAGCACCUUCACACAGCUCAUGGUGUCUCAGUUGUUGCACAGCUGGGGACAGGAGGGUUUCCUCCAGCACAUAGACAAGGUGAUUGAGUUUUACAGGAAACAGCGAGAUGCCAUGAUCAGCUCUGCAGACAAAUGGCUCAAAGAUGUAGCAGAGUGGCACACACCAUCAGCAGGCAUGUUCCUGUGGAUGAAACUGAAGGGCAUAGCUGAUACCCAGCAGCUGAUCAUGGAGAAGGCGUUGGAGAAAGAGGUCCUGCUAGUUCCUGGAGGCGUGUUCAUGAUCAACAGCAGUGAGCCCUGCCCCUACGUCAGAGCGGCCUUUUCUCUCAGCACACCGGAGCAGAUUGAUGAGGCUUUGAAAAGACUCUCUGCGCUCAUCAAAGAGGCUUUGUGAUGGUUUAUUCGUCCUUGGCAGAUGCAGGAUUUUUUAAAUAUGUGGUUGAAGGGCUUAGUUUAGAUUUAAUAGUGCGUUCUUAUGACUGUCAAAAUUAUAGUGUUACAAGCCCAAAAUCAGGACCUACACAGAAAAAACUAUAGGUGUGCUGACUGGGUGAAGAAGGUAUCUGAUCAUUUGAGUGAUGCCCGCCUUCCUCAGCUCAGAGUUUGUUUAGCAGACCAAGAAAUCGGUACAGCACACCCUAAACGCUUAAUGAAGUUCUUCUAAAUCUAGUUUUUCCAAAUCUAACCAUCACCCAUCACAGAGACGUCAUAAUCUCUGGGAUGAAUUCAUGUUAACAAACAGAUCAUUUUCCAGAAGAAAAAUGAUCCCUUUCUUAGCGAGCAGGAAGUCAGAGAGCUCCGUCUUAACAGUUCUUGAUAUAAUUAUUUUAAAGUAGACCAGAGGCCUCUGCGACAAAGCAAGAUUUAGGUUUAUCUGGGUAACUUCAAGGUUAGCCCUGAGUUUUGUGUACUAUGAAAGUGGUUCACUUUCAUGCUGAAACAUUCAAGCAAGUAAGUAAUACAAAGGGAAACGGAGAAGGACGAGGUGGAGGGAGGAACAGAAAACGAAACCCUGAAAACACUAAACAUAAAUAAACUAAAACUAGGAACUGAAACCACGUAGAAAAAGCAAGGACUCAACUCCAAGAAAGAAGAAUACAGCAAGACCUGAAGCACCACAUAGCUGAAUCGAAACCUCAGCACAGCAGCAACCUCAAACUAAGAGGAUCAGAAUAUCCAACACAUUAAAAACCCUCUAAAGAAACUCUGACCCCUGGGACCCAAACCAGGGCAAACAUGGCAGACACAGCCUCACUGCUGUAUAAUGAACAAUGGCUACACAAACUCAUUACUGCAUGAGAACAUGGUUUUAUCUCAUCUGUGAAAUAAAGUAAGGACUUUUUACCUUUUGUA